AUGUCACCGGCGACGACAGCAAAAGCGGGGAGGGCGAUGAAUCGAGAUCGCAAGGCAGAGGUUUUAGGCAAGACCACCCUGGUCUACCAAGUAUGUCACCAUCGUAAAAAGGUGGUGGAAAGGUUUGCAGCACAUCGAGCUUGGGUGGACGUGUCGCAAACUUAUGAGAUAAGGAACGCAUUAAGGAAACUGAUUCAACAACUCAAGUCUCAGAAGGAUUUUGAGAUGGGCAAUACGGAGACACGGGAUUUGAUAGAAGAAGUGAGAAACUGUCUGCAAGAAAACCGGCGCUUGACAGAUUUCGACGAUGUCUGGGCCACCGGAUUUUGGGACGAAAUUAAGAAAAUAUUACCAUCCGAGCAAAACGGAAGCAGUAUAAUAAUCACGACCAGAAAGAAUGAAGCCGAGGAACCUUUCACCAGAAUUGCCUUCCAUGGUGAUGAAUGCCCACAAGACUUGCGACUAUUGUCUGAUGAAAUAAUCGACAAAUGCAAAGGGUUGCCACUGGCUAUCACGACCAUUGGGAGUCUUCUUUCAAAAACAAAUAUAGACAACGAUGAUGUCAGCACCAAGUGGCAAAAUGUGCAUAAAAACCUAAGUCGGCUCUUGGCUAAUGAUACUGAUGCUGGCCGGGUGUUGAACACGGUCAUGUCUGAAAGUUAUUAUGAUCUUCCUUAUCACCUCAAACGUUGCUUUCUCUGCUUGGGUGAAUUUCCUGAAGACUACCCUAUCAACUGCAACAGACUCAUCCGUUUAUGGAUUGCAGUAGGGUUUGUCAAAGAAAACCCAGAGAGGCCGGAAGAAAUCGGAAGGAAACACCUCCAAGAGCUGAUAAACAGAAGCUUGAUUCAGGCUACAGUGGUUGAUUGUGAUGGCAAAGUUAGAAGUUGCAGAGUUCAUGACAUGAUGCGCGGGUUCAUCUUACAAAAGUUUGAAGAGAUGAACUUCUGUCAACUUUUUGACGAUGCUGGCAGCUCGGACUUAAACUCUUCAGACUCACCACGACGAUCAUCCAUUCAAAAGGAUUACAGAGAAAAUGAGCUUCAAGGGGUUAUUUCAGAUCCUGGCAAGACGCUUCCCGCAUCCAUUGGCAAGCUUCAGAAUCUUCUUACUCUACACAUCAAGAACUCUUGUGAACAUAGGCUUUCAGGAGAAAUAAACAAGCUUGCCAAGCUUCGUCAGCUUCUAUGUUAUUCCUUCCACGGUGGUGAAAUUGAUCUGGGCAUGGCAGCUUUUUCUUACCGUGGACUGCAGAUCAUAAAAGGAUUUGGGAAAUUCAAGGAUCUACAAAUGCUAUACUCUAUCGAUUGCUACCACGUGAAUGCUUCCAUAUUUAUAGAAUUAAGAAAAUUAAAGCAGCUAAAGAAGCUAGGUAUCACCAGACUAAGACGUCAUAAUGGAAGAGAUUUAUACAGUAGAGUCUUUAAACGCCUUACCUCACUGUGGAUAGGAGCAGUGGACGAGAAUGAAUUUCUAGAGCUAGACUCGUUAACCAACCCUCCAAGGCACCUUGAACGACUUUACUUGGAGGGUCGUUUGCAGAGCUUGCCAAAAUGGAUUCCCAGACUCAAAAAGCUAGUGAAGCUAUGCUUUUACGGCUCAGGAAUACGGAUGAUCCUAUAG